AGUUGGGAAGUGAUGCACGGCCUUUGCUUGUGUUGCCUCAACACAUCAGUUUUAGCUUCUUCACCCUUCAAUACUGUGCUGUAUAGAAAGAGACUGCUGCUUCCCUCCCUCCCCUCUCUCUCUCUCUCCCCUCUCCUCCUCCUCCUCCUCCUCUCUGUUCCCCUCAUUCAUUCUUCUUCUUACCGCUCCGAGAAGUCGAGAGACGAAGAUGGGAAACUGUCAGGCUAUAGAUGCUGCAGCUCUGGUGAUACAACACCCUUGCGGGAGGAUCGAGCGGCUCUACUGGCCAGUGACUGCGAGCGAGGUCAUAAGGACAAACCCGGGCCACUAUGUCGCACUCAUCAUCCCGUUGCCAACCAACCCGGGAGGAGAAGACAGCAACGGUAAGCAGCAUCCCAGUGACGACCAUGACAAAGUCCGGUUCACCCAAGUCAAGCUGCUGCGCCCGAGCGAAACCCUCACCCUCGGGCACGCCUACCGCCUCAUCACCUCUCAAGAGGUUAUGAAGGUUUUGAGAGCCAAAAGGCAUGCGAAGAUGAAGCAGCAGCAACACUCACACCAGCAAUCAGCUGAGAAUUCAUCACAUGAGGAGGAGACAAGUAGUCAGACAAGACCAGAUGCUUCUGACCGAGAGAAGAGCAACCAGAGGACCGGAGGCGGAACGUUGUCCAUCAACUCAGUAGCAGUGAGGCCAAAGUCGUGGCGCCCCAGCUUACACAGCAUCGCUGAAGUUGCAAGCUGAGACUGGUCUGAGCUGAGAGACACAGAGCAGGCCAUGAAAGAUGAGUCAAUGAUGGCCCCGUAACUGAAGCAGAAGCACUCCCUCAAAGAUAAGAAAAUCACCGAGGCUUUGAAGCUACUACUUUAGCGGAGAAAGAAGAUAGAAAUAAGAGAAUGUUGUUAUAUGAAGUCCCUCUAUUUCUAAUCUUUUAGGUGAUAUAAGACCUCUGUACAGUUGUUUACAACAGAUAAAUGGAUGAGGAACUCAUUUAAUGAUAAAA